CCUCGGCCCGUCUCAGUUUCUUCCCUGUUCCCGGUCUGUGCACGUACCUUUUUUUUAUGUGAUUCCUCCCCCACACGUAAUGUCAAAUGCCGUCUGAUGGGGCCAGUUAAGGAUAAAAUAAUAAAACUGAGAAAUCAACGCAACAGCGAAGAACGACAAGCAGGAGGAUGGACGCUUCGUGGCGAUUGUACAGCAGAGAUCUGCGGGAUGGAAGCAGCGUGCAAACCCCUUAGAAAGAACUUCCACACAUGCAUCUGCCCACAUGAUUCUAGCAUUCCAACCAAGGAUUUAAAGUGUCCAAACAGACUCAUUGUUCCUCCAACCCCAAACCCAAUUCGUAACAUAAUCCCACCUACAACCAUCUUUUUCAAUGAUACAUCUGGUAAUUCAUCGUGGACGCCAAAUCCUCCAUUACAGAUUCAGAGUGGUCUCACUGAUAUCCCAAAUACCUUCAUUGCUGCAUCUGUCACUGGGAUUGUUGUUUGUGUCCUCCUCUGCAUUGCUCUCCCUUUGUACAACAAAUGCAAAAAGCGAGCCUGCAUUGAGACCUGUGGGAAAAAGUCACGACGAGAAAACCACGAAAACGUGAUAACACCAGUCAGUUUGAGCAAAGGUCUUCUUGACCCAGACUGCUAUGCCACAAACCCCCAAUACAUGGCUGCAUCGCCGGAAAAUAGUAUGACAUACUUUUCACCUCUGGUUCUACCAAGGGAUAGCAUCAUCUUUCAGAAUGUUAUCGGUGAAGGCUGUUUUGGAAAAGUUUACAAAGGUGAGUUGACACUCCAGAACAAAAACGUCAACACUGUCGCGAUCAAAGUUCUAAAAGACUCUGCAACAAAAGAGGCGGAAGAUGAUUUUAUGAGGGAGGUUGAAAUAAUGACCUCUUUCCACCAUUCAAAUAUUUUGUCACUCCUUGGAGUCGUUGCUAAAGAACCUGGUAAAAGCCCAAUGAUGGUAUUUGAGUUUAUGCCAUAUGGUGACUUAACAGAAGUACUUAGAAGUAAUUCAACCACUUUUUGGAAACAUGAUUCCAACCUGCCAAGACUAAAUAAAGAAUCUUUACUAAACAUUGCAAUGCAGAUUGCCUGUGGAAUGUGUUACCUUGCUGAGCAGCAUUUCGUGCACAGGGAUCUUGCCUGCCGAAACUGUCUUGUCGGACUCAACCUUACUGUCAAAAUUGCAGAUUUUGGUAUGAGCCGAGAUGUCUAUACUUGCGAUUAUUAUAAGAUCGGAGGUUCCAGAUUAUUGCCAGUAAGGUGGAUGUCUCCAGAAAGUAUUACUUAUGGGCGAUUCACCUUGGAGAGUGAUGUUUGGUCAUUUGGUGUUGUUUUAUGGGAAAUCUACAGUCUAGGCAAACAACCUUAUUUCGGGAAUAGCAAUGAAGAUGUCGUCAAACUCAUCCUUCAAGGCAUUAUGCUCAUCCCGCCAAAAGACUGCCCUCUUGGGAUUUGUGACAUAAUGAGGCUCUGCUGGAAGACAGAGCCGAGAGACAGGAUCAACUUCGAGAAGAUCUGCUCAUUGUUAAAAAGGAUUAAAGCGACUUGCGCAGAGCAAGAGCCACUACCACGUCCUCCUCCUUUCCCAGUCAGCCCACUUUUGCACACCGCUAUCAAAGGACUCCAUGUGACGGAAAUUGAAGUCGAGGAUUACUUGGAGCCACAACCUUCAGCGACACCGCAUGAAUACAUUCAGCCUCUUCCCGAUUGAAUGCUUUAAUAUAUUUUCUGUAUAUACUAUGAUGCUGUGAUCUGAGUUAUUUUUAUAAUAGAUUUUGUCCUAUGA